AUGUCGCCCGAGUGCACAGAUUUGCGACAAAUGGAGAAUCUCGAGAGAGUGUACAAGGAGAUCAAGGAUCAAGAUCCUUCAACUCAUCGCACUUAUGAAGUUGUGGCUGAGUACUAUCUCAUGAACAGCCAACGUGCCACUGAGAUCCAGCGCAGUCUGCAGAAGCUAUACAUGAACGUGCACUUCCCGGUAGUGUACACACUUCUCUUCACCGAUUGGUUGUUUACCAACGAUUUCUCACGGCAUAUAGAACCUGUUCGACCGGCGAAUAUCACCACUAAGUCGUACAAUGUGUGGAUCAAGGGCGCUAACAGUCUGUUCAAGUGGGAUCUGCAACACGGAACCUUCUUCUUCUCGGGGUUGUUUGACUUCGCAUGUAAUGUGUGUGUUUGCCGGAACGCGGCGUCGUUCGAGUGGUCUGUGCUUGAGGAUAGUAAUAAGCCGGAUGCCCCUUCAGUGUUAGAUUCUUACAUGCUGGACGAUAUGGUCCAUAAUAUAGCUUCACUGUACUUGUACUACAACGACGAGGCCAGUCUAAAGAACUACUGUGUCGAGCUAUCUGCAAGUCUGUAUGUUUUCGAUAACCGUAGAGCCGUCAGCUGGCUGGACGACCCUGAGACAGUCGAAACCAGAAAGGAGUGCAAUCAUCUUCCCAAAUUCAUUAACCGCAAACACUUUGUGGACAACCUCUACACGUCGCGCGUGCGCAGCACACACUGCUGCGGCAACACAUACCUCGUCGGUGACGAACAACCCGCCACCCCCACCACCUCAGCUGCACCCGCGCCAGACAUCACCUGCAACACCGACAACUGCCAGUACACCCGUAGCGAGAGUGCGGGUGAACAUCACCAGAGCUUGACCCCCGACAGUGAGCCCAGCCACUCGCCCCAGCGGCAGGUCAGUGAGACGGAGUACAUCAGACGGCUGUCGUCGCAAAUGGACGGCAAUGACACAUCCGAUGCGGCCUAUGUGACCGCAAACGAGGACAAGAGCGAGACGGAGUCGGAGACGAGUGCGAGGCGAACUGUAAGCUCGAGCUUCGAUAGUCUCAGCCACUUAGUAAAAGAAUUCGACACUGGCAUCGAGGUCAUGGACUUCAGCAAUGACACUGAGACGUCGCAACGACGAACGAACAGCGCAGACACAAGACGAUACCAAAACUUUCGGUCUAUCGACCCCACCAACAGACCUAACCGCGUACCCAGGAGAGCAGGAACGGCGUCAGAGUCGAAUGCCAAUGAAUUGGCCGACCGAGAAGCAGGACCUGCCUUGUUCGCCGGUCGCUACGCCGCCGACCAAGACUGUUUCCACAACACCACACAGACCUAUUCACAGCAACAAGCCCUCCUACAGAAAACCGACGGGAACCAAUCUUACUAUGUCACACAACCGUGUAGUGACAGUGACCAUGCACACGCACACGCACACACACACAUAAAAAAGGGUGCAAAAGAGUCCCAUUCCCCGCCCUGGCAGACGUUGGGUGGACCUGCGCCCGCGGCGCAUGCAUCGACUGUCGGUAGUUUCAGUAAUAUCAGUAGUGUGCUGGAGGGUGACGACGUCGAUCUGCCGGUGACAGCCGAGAGUGUGCAGGCGCUGUAUGAUAUGUUUGUGUUGGAGCUACUCAAACUCACACGGCGCCUGCACGGUCUAAGCGAAUACGACACCGUCACAUCGCAGCAACUGCUUCCGUGCCUCGCGGAAGUCGAUCUCACGCUGCUGAGUCCCCGUACCAUAGCCCGGCUGGAGAGCAUGCUGUACAAAGCAAACACGUACAGGCAACCAAACCGACAGGUGCGUUUGGCUGCCAGGCGCACUAUGGACAAGCUCUUUCCGCGGGGCAUGUAUGCGCGUUAUGUGGUGUCUGGGGCUUUCAAGGCGAUACUCUACCCGUGGAACGUGCCGUACUCGCUGUACUGUAUGAGUUGUGACAAGCUCAGUGCCGCAGGGCAGUACUUUAUGUCGACCGAAGUGGCGGUGAGCCUGCAGCACGCGGCUGCACUCGACCGACGAGAGAAUGAGACACGCACGGAUUUGAUUAUGGACCGGGUUAGAAACGUGGUACAGAGCGCGUACACCAAGGUGCAGACCCUGCGCCACCAGAGCGACGCCGACGCAACAACACCGGCCGAGCACCAAACAAUACCCCAGCGCCCACUCACCUACUACGAAGUGGUGUACAGCCAGCUGCCCGAUAGAGAGGACUGUGAAGCCUACGCCAAGCAAAGGUUGGAGACAUCGCUGGUACGCUGUGUGUCUACUGCGACGAACGCCGCGAGCUACUUGCCGUGGAGAUACUUAUCUGGGUCCGGCAUGGUUGAGGAGUUCCUGCACGAAUCUACCAUAGGCCAGUACUAUGAGCAAGUGGUGGCGAAAAACAAGCGUGAUGUCGAGGAACCUGUUGAAAUACAGACUCCUGGGAGCUGUGCUUGAGUGUUUUGGAAGUGUACGCAUUUCAUGUAACAUAACCGUUAAAAAUGACACGGUUUAGUAUAAAUAAGGCCUACUGAUGUUAUAUGCCCGCAUCUGGUCGGGUUGCUGACUAUUAGUAGAGGCGGCAUACGAAUGCUCAUGUAAGUCGAACAAGUACCGGCUGGACGGUUUCGAAGACUCCGAUAGAGAGACAGACCUUAGAGAUUGCUAUGAGUAAUGGUUGUAUCUGGAAUAUAGAUUAUGUAUAUGAAAGCUUAUAUACACGCGUGGAAAAAGUCCGGUUUGCGUACAUGUACGCAAAAAGCCCCAUAUACGUACAUGUACGUAAACAAACUCCCAAUAUAAAAUUUACAAUCUUGGA